AUGACAGAAACUGUUGUGGACCUUGUCGUCAACAAGUUGGUUCAAUUAAUCGUUCAUGAAUCAAAUUUGCUCAAGGGUGUCCACCAGGAAGUCGUGAACAUUAAAGAUGAACUGGAGAGCAUCCAAAGUUUCCUCAAAGAUGUCGAUAAAGGAGACCUCCAAGAUGGCGUCAAAAUGUGGGUGAAACAAGUGAGAGAAGCAGCUUAUCAUAUAGAAGACGUAAUAGAUGAAUACGUUCUUCAUGUGGCACAACAUCGUCAUCAGCAAAGUUUUAUUGCUUUCCUCCAUAAAAUUGGCCACUUAUUGAAAACACUGAAACCACGUCAUGACAUAGUUUCAAAGAUUCAAGAUAUUAAAAUAUCAAUUCGUGAAAUCAAGGAACGACGUGAAAGAUAUGGUUUUAGUUCCUCAGAGCAAGGAUCAAGUAAUAGUGCAGCAAAUGUCACAUGGCAUGACCCUCGCAUGGGUGCACUUUUCAUUGAAGAAGAUGAAGUUGUGGGUAUUGAGUCAACAAGGGAUGAACUCAUAAGCUGGCUGGUGGGGGAAGCAUCUAAACGCUCUGUGAUGUCGGUGGUAGGCAUGGGCGGAAUUGGUAAGACAACUCUUGCUAAGAAAGUAUAUGAGAAUGAAUCAGUGAAGGGACAUUUUGACUGUCGUGUUUGGAUCACUGUGUCUCAGUCAUACAAUGUGCAAAAGAUACUCAUGUCCAUGACAAAGCAAAUCUAUCACUAUCAGGCAAAAGAAAUUGCUUUGGAGCAAAUAGACAUGACAGACGAGAUCACGCUUAUUACCCAGUUGAGGAAAUUUUUACAACAAAAGAGGUAUGUUGUGGUUUUUGAUGAUGUGUGGAAAAUAGAGUUUUGGGAAAUUGUGAAGCAUGCUUUGCCAUUCAAUGAUAGAGGUAGCAGAAUUAUUAUCACAACACGAAGUGAUCUCAUCGGUGCUUUUUGUAAGGAGUCCUUUUCCGAUCAUGUCCACAAGCUACAACCUUUAUCUCAAGACAAGGCAUGGGAAUUGUUCUGCAAAAAGGCAUUCUGGAGCGAGUUUCAUGGGUGUUGUCCCAAAGAAUUAGUGAAAAUGUCGAUGGACAUUGUGAGAAAAUGUGAAGGCCUGCCACUUGCAAUUGUUGCCAUAGGUGGUCUCUUGUCAACAAAGGAGAAGGUACCAUUAGAAUGGAAAAAGUUGCAUGAUAGCCUCAAUUCUGAGCUAGAAUGCAAUCCUCACCUUACAAGUAUUACAAAAAUUCUAUCUCUGAGUUAUUAUGAUCUGCCGUGCUACCUAAAGUCUUGCUACUUAUACCUCGGCAUUUUUCCGGAGGACUACUCAAUCACUGAUGCAAGAUUACUUCGGCUAUGGGUAGCUGAGGGAUUUAUAAAAGGAAAGAAGGGAAAAUCAUUAGAGGAUGUGGCAAAAGAAUACUUCAAGGAGCUCAUCCACAGAAACUUGGUUCAAGUUUCAUUUGGGGAGCUUGAUUAUGAGAUAGUUAAAAAGUAUAGAAUCCAUGAUCUGCUGCAUGAAAUCAUCCUAUCGAAGGCUGUAGAGUUGAAUUUUUGUCAAGUUCUGGAAGCAGGUGAUACAACUUUCCAUGGAAAAAGUCGGUGCCUAUCAAUCCACGAUCCUAGAGAAAAUGUUUUUGAGACAAGUGAGUACUCUCGGGUUCGUUCUAUUUUUCUCUUCAACAUUAAUGAAAUUCCCAAGUGUUUCAUAGUUAAAUUGUUCAAAAAGUUCAAGCUAUUGAAAGUGUUGGAUUUUGAAGAUGCUCCUAUUGAUUGUCUUCCUGAAGAAGUGGGUAAUUUAUUCCACUUGAAGCACUUAAGUUUGAGGAGAACAAAAGUGAUGAUACUUCCAAAGUCAGUGGGCAGGUUACAAAACCUAGAGACACUAAAUGUCAUGGAAACUAGAGUGCGUGAGCUACCAGUUGAGGUAUUUAGGCUUUAUAAGCUGAGACAUAUUCUGGCUCAUUCUCAUGACUACGAAAUUAAAAUGAGCUUUUACUCCAUGAAAGGAGUAAAAGUACAUGAAGGGGUUGGAUGUUUAAAUGACUUGCAGACACUAUCACUUAUUGAGGCAAAUCAUCAUGGGGUUGGUCUAUUUGAAGAGCUUGGAAAGUUGAGUCAGUUGAGGAUGUUGGGCAUUGGAAAUAUGACUGCAGAACGUGGGCGGGUUCUAUGUACCUCCAUACAAAAUAUGGUCCAUCUUAAAACUUUGAUUGUAGGCUCAAUCAGUGAACAUGAGAUUAUAGACUUACAAUCAAUUUCAUCACCACCUCCAUUUCUAGAGCAUCUUUUUCUAAGGGGGCGAUUGGAGAAGUUGCCCAACUGGAUUCCAAAGCUUAAGAGUCUGGUCACACUAAUCUUAUCUAUCUCAUCAUUGGAGGAAGAUCCAUUGCCGUAUGUUCAUGCUUUGCCUAAUCUAAUUACCAUUUCUCUUAGUCGUGCGUAUGAUGGGGAGCAACUGCAUUUUAAGGAUGGUAGUUUUCGUAAACUCAAGAGGAUCACACUGAGAGAGAUGAAAAAAUUAAAGAUAGUGGAAAUAGAUAAAGGAUCACUACCCAAUCUUGUGGAACUAGAGAUUGGGCCAUGUUCACAGAUGAAGGACAUACCCUCUGGAAUUGAACACCUGAAAAACUUGAAGAUUCUUGACUUUUAUGAAAUGCCGGGAGAAUUUGUGCUAAGUAUGCAGCCAGAUGGCGGCAAAGAUUAUUGGAAAGUCAAGAAAGUAACUACUGUCAGUUUCUGGUAUAGGAUUAAAGGAGAACGAUAUCAAAAAUACAGGCUCGGUGACUCAGAAUUGUUGGAGCGCCUACAACUAUACCCUUAA